UUUAUUUAGAUUUGAUUUGAUUUGACUUGAUUUUCCAACACGCGCUCUGGAACGUGGCGCCUCCUCCUAGGGGAUCGGCCCUGGAUCACAGCAAGAUCGCGUGUAGCUGAGGAUACGUCUAGCUUCACAAAUCACCAUCAUUACUACUACAAUUAUCAUCACCGUCACCAUUAUUACUAUUACUGUUAUUACGACUAUAUUAUUAUUAUUAUUAUUAUUGGUGGUGGCGGCGGCGGCUGUGGUGGUGUUACUAUUAUUCUCCUAUCGGAUGCUGCUGUUCGAGUCACAAAGGCAGAGGCAGGAUAAAGCCAACUUCUCACCCGCAAGGCUUUCUAGGGAGCAUCACACCAUGGGACUUCCCCUCCUCCCCCCUCCAAAAAAAGUACCCCCCCAAAAAAACCCCAAAGAAGUGACCUGAGACAGAGAUGGGAAACCCCCUCCCGCACCCACCUCUGGGGCAGCAGCCCUCUCGCUCGAGCGGCUUGCAGGUUUAGAAGGGAGAAGGGUCAAAUGGGACAAAAGAGCCCAGGUUUCUUCUCUUGGCGUCAGAAAUCUGCAGUGCUGCUCUCGGGGAAAGAUAGCCGGGUUAGGAUUACCAGGACCCAGGCUAUCAAAUGCAGAAGGAGCCCAGCGCCUCCGAGUUUGCAAGGAAGUUAAGCAGCAGGCACCACGAUCAGCCAAAUAAGAGCGGAACCCAGGAAUGUGGAAGGGGGAAAAAAGAUGAGAAGUGAAGAAAGGGACGUGGUGAGUAAGAAGAAACACGCUGCCCUUUGCUUUUAGCCCUGCGAGUGUUGUUGAGACGAGCCUUACUUUCUAGGCUGGGCUCAUUUCAGCUAAUAAAUACAGCGACUGGCAAUGAACAAGCAUUCGGCUUCGGUUUAAGUGAUGAACGGCUCCAGAUUCAUUCACUGUGAACAACUUGCUGAGAGCAGUGACCUUUUCUGGACAUAUAUAUUUAAAAAUACAGAUUAUUUUCUGCAAAGCGUCAAAAUCCCCCUGUAUUUCCAAAAAGAGCGUAAAAAAUCGCUCAGAAUAAUCGUAUGUAAGAAAAGGGAUGAAGCAAAUGGAAUGAGUAACUAAAGGUGGAGAUGACGUGCAGAGCUGCUGGAAAGGCGAAGGUUUCUCAAGGGCGUUCAAAUUCCUUCGAAAAAGCCGCCGAAAUUUGCAAUAUACAUAUAUAUGCAUAUUGCCUUAAAAUAUGGACGCGUUUUAAAUGAUUGCACGAAUGUUGGAAAAUAGAAGCCCGUCUCUCUGCGUGCACACUCACACGCGUGCAGGAGCGGGUGAAUACACGUCCAUAGGUGUGCAGGCGUAUAUAACGCGUGUACAAUCGGCACCCCGAGAAAGUGCGAUCGCCCUAGCUCUCUCUAAUCCGGCAAGGCGCUGAUGGGCGGCUUGAUAUUUGUCUGCAUGGCAGCAGCGUGGUUGUUAAAUGAAAGGCUUUUUUUUUUAUGAGUGUUUUACACGGGGGUGUGUGUGAAAUGUUGGGGUUUUAUGACAUCACAAGGUUCAAGUACCCAAUCAGCUCGCAGAUUUGAGAAAUUAUUUGGUGGGGUGUUUCCUAUAAUAUACUGUACUCAGGAGCCUGGCUUUAAGAAAGAAGCCGAGCAAAAGGUGGGAGCUACAUGGAUUCGCGUGGGGUUUUUUCCCCUCUCUCCUUGCAAGAUCCCCUGUGCUACCGUUUUUAGCCCCCCCGCCCCCCUUCCCUCCCACCCCACCCCGGUAGCUUUGUUUGCUUAGCAUCUCCCUGGCACUGCAGAGCUCAGGGGCUGCCUGGCGAUUCCUUUCCCGAGAGAGUCUGUUUGAAGUGGGCGGUGGGGGAAGCCCGGAGGAUGCAAGAUGUUUGACUUCUUGAUUUCUCUCCCUCUCUCUCUCGGCUCCGGCUCGGGGAGGGGGGAGCCAAGGAGGCGAGCCCCAGCGCCUGAGGAGCACGGGGGUGUUGGGAAGAGGCUGCAGAUCCUUGACGGGGGCAUUUGAAAGGGAAAUCGCCUGCUCGGAGCUGCGGCCGCCGGGCUGUGCGCGAUCGAGGAGCGGGACACGCUAUGCCCCCGGCCCCUUUGAGAGAGACCAAGGCAGUGCUCGUGGCAAAAUGUUCCUGACCUGCGACGGGACCUUGGGGAUUGUUCCAGCCACCAUGGAUUACAAUGGGGACGCCAGGCCCGGGGGUUUCCACGCCGGCUACCAAGAGAUCGAAGGGAUCAACCUGGGAUACUUACAGAUCAACGGCACCCAGAUGUUUGCUCUGGCUCAGGUCCUCAGCGACCUGUUUAAGGAUAUCCCCCGCACCACCAUCAGCAAGAAGAUGGAGACGCUCAAGAUCAAGAGCCGGCGCUGCGACCUCCAGGAGCUCCGCACCCUCAAAGCCAUCCACUCCGUGCCCACCCGCGCCGUGAAAUGCUCGCUCAUCUCCAAGGCGGACCUGGAGGCUCUGUGCACCUCCUGCAAGAGCCUCGGCCCCGGCCGGAGGAAGAGGAAGAGGAAGAGCAAGCGGAGGGAGCAGCUGCUGCUGCCGGGCCCGGGGGAGCUCUUCCACUCCGGCUCCAGGCGGCCCGCCAGCCCCGGCCCCCUGCCCGGCAAAGCCCUGCGAGGCGGCGGCUCGGAGAGGCACUGCAAGCGCAGACGCCUGGCCCGGGGCGCCGAGGCAGACAGGCCGACCAGCUCCGCCAAGGGCAGGCCGCAGAGGGCGGCCAGGAAGGGCCGGGCGCACUGCCGGCUGCCCCCCGGCCGCCAGGCCUUCAGCCUCCUGGGCAACUUCCCCUGCGUGCCCUCGCUGGUGGUGGGCGAGGACGGGGAUCUGCGCCCCGCCGCCUCGCUGGGCGGCAAGGACUCCUGGGCCCUCUCCAAGAUCCACCCGCUGUGGAGCUGGCAGCUGGGGGGCAACGCCAUGCCCGUGCCCCCCAGCCUCAAAUUCCGGGGGUACAGCCUGGAGGACUUCUGAGCCACCCCCCACCCCAGCUCCUACCCCCCUUGGGCGAGCUGCUCCUGGUUUACAUGCAACAGUUGGGAGAAGAUUUGGGGUGGGGGGGAGCGGUGGCUGUCUGCAGGUCAGGGCUCUUCCACGACUGGUGCCUGGCCCUCAGGCAGCGCUGUGCCCCCCACCCCCUUCAGCCCCUUUUCAGGUGUCUCAGGUUGGCCAUUCCCUGCCCUCAGUAUAAUGGAGGCAGCCAAGAUCCCUUUAGGACCCCCCCCCCCUUGUAAGGGAUC